UAUUUAGCUUGCACAAAGGCUGAGGCAAUGUUUAUAUAUACUAGAAUCCCCUGUUAAGAAUCAUAAUUGAUGGUUGGAAUAGAGUUAGCUGCAACCAUGAAGUGCAUCUCAGUUACCUCUGCUUGCUUCCUUCUUUGUCUUUGUGCAAUUCGAAGUGUGUCAACACAAAAUGCUAUCAUGCCUCCAAGAGGUUGGAACUCCUAUGAUAGCUUUAACUGGAUAAUUUCUGAAGAAGAAUACUUACAGAAUGUUAAUAUAGUUUCUCAGCAGUUACUUGCUCAUGGAUAUCAGUAUGCUGUUGUGGAUUACCUCUGGUAUAGGAGUCUAAAGGGUGAUAAAAAUUCUCUUGGUUUCGAUGUGAUUGAUAAAUGGGGACGAAUGCUCCCUGACCCUGAAAGAUGGCCUUCUUCAAGAGGAGGGAGAGGGUUCACUGAUGUAGGUAAUAAAGUACAUAGAACGGGUUUGAAGUUUGGGAUUCAUCUUAUGGCUGGAAUCAGUACACAGGCAUUCAAUAACAACACACCAAUACUUGAUACACAAACGGGACAACCUUACAUGGAAUCUGGUCGAGUCUGGAAAGCAAGAGACAUAGGAAUCCCAUCAAGGCCUUGUAAAUGGAUGAGUAACGGUUUCAUGGCUAUAAAUACAAAAACAGGAGCUGGAAAAGCCUUCUUAAGAUCAAUCUAUGAGCUGUAUGCUUCAUGGGGAGUUGAUUUUGUGAAACUUGACUGUGUAUUUGGUGAUAACUUGGAUUUGGGUGAAAUAACAUCUGUAUCAGAGAUUCUCAAUGGACUUAACAAACCCAUUGCACUUUCUCUGUCUCCUGGAGUCAGUGCAACACCACAAAUGGCUAAGAUGGUUAGUAAUCUAGUUAACACAUACCGUGUAACAGGAGAUGAUUGGGAUGAAUGGUCAGCAAUCUUAGCUCAUUUUAAUAUAGCAAGAGAUUUUGCUGCAUCUAAUUUAAUAGGAGGAAAAGGUUUAAAGGGAAAAUCUUGGCCUGAUUUGGACAUGCUGCCAUUUGGAUGGCUAACUGAUCCAGGUGCUCAUGAAGGUCCAUACAGGUUUACUAGGCUUACUCAAGAUGAGCAAAGAACUCAGAUGACUUUGUGGUGUAUGGCUAAGUCUCCCAUUAUGUAUGGAGGGGAUCUGCGGAAGAUUGAUGCAUGGACCUAUAAUCUUAUCACAAAUCCUACCAUAUUGGAUAUAAACUCUUUUAGCUCAAAUAAUCAAGAGUUUCCUCAUAUCACAAGAUUAAAUGAUGUAAAGACUAAAAGACACAAUGUCACAAAAGUACAGUUUACUUACUCCCUUGGUCUCACUGAAUGCACUGAUCCAAAAGCAUAUGGAUGGUCUAGUGAAAAAUAUUACCAAGAUCUUGAAAGAAUUUGUUACAAGAGUCCAAAGCAUGAUCAGGAGGAGCCUUUCUGUGUGCACAAGAGAGAACUCCCCACGGCAUCAUCAAAGCAGACAUCUAUCCAAUCUGAACAGAUAUGGAAGUUGAAAUCUAAUGGGACUCUAGUUAAUGGUCAUUCUGGCAUGUGUGCAACAGUAGAACAUGUCCUAGCUGAAGGUUAUCCUAAUCGGAUUCGAUCUUGGAUUGCAACUGGAAGAAAAGGGGAGACCUAUGUUGCAUUUUUCAAUCUGAGUAACGAGAAAACAACAAUAUCUGCAAGCAUAGUAGACUUGGCUAUAGUGCAUCCAGGUAGAAGAAAGUUUAUACUUUGUUCUGGAAAUGAAAUGUGGAGUGGAAGAACCAUACGAACAAAUAAUAUGUUCUCAGCAGAAGUACCAGCUCAUGGAUGCGCAUUAUUUGUUCUCCAGUGCAGUUGAAUUUGGCCUAAAAUCUUAUUUGAAUAUUUAUUGUUCAUAUUGCAAUGAUGUUUUGGUUUGUUUUCUGCUAAGUGGUAAAUCCUUUUUUAAUAAGGAAUUUAGUAUAGUAAGAGUGGUUACUUUACUUGCCAUUAAAAGCACUGUACGUGUUAAAAAAUUACUUUAUGACAUGAAAAUGGAUAUAAAGGUGAUAGAGAACAA